GACAAAGGACCCAAUCUAACCCCAGUUCCGUUGCUGCAGCGAGCGCCGUUUUCUCUGAGUGGCUGUCACGACGCGGUGUUCUCUAGCUGGGAAGGACUCCAACUUCCAUUAUUCCCCCCGGCACCUGGAGAAUGGGUCCAGCUGGGUUUUCUUGAAAGUUCAGGGGAGAAAGCUGAGGUACCAAAAUUGUGACAAAACAAUAGGCCCAACAGGAUACAGUCGCUUCUCCAAUGCAGAAAAACAAGCUAAGCCGGUGACUACAAAGAUCUACCAGGUGAGCAUGGAACAAUUUCUGGAGCAAAACUGUACACACCUGCAAAAAUGAAUCAAGCUCCUACAGCAUAUGGCAUCAACCGCAAUGACAUAUGGAUGCCAUUGCCACCUUCGUUUGGCCUCUGUCCUCCUGGGCUGGAAUAUUUAACCCAACUUGAUUGGUUAUUAAUCCACCAGAAAUAUGAAAUUCUGGAACUGAUCACCUCUUUUGAAACGGCCAACAAGUACGAAGUGAGAAACAGGCUUGGAGAAAUGGUGUAUUUUGCCAGAGAAGAAAACAACUUCUGUGUGAGGAAUUGCUUGGGGACUUUGCGGCCGUUUACCAUGGUGAUCUCUAACCACGUGGGACAACAGGUCAUCCACCUCGUGCGGCCUUUCCGUUGCGACGGCUGCUGUUGCCCGUGCUGCUUGCAAGAACUGGAAAUCCAGGCUCCACCAGGCUUACCCGUUGGCUACCUCCAGCAGCUGUGGCACCCCUUUCUGCCCAAAUUUGUAAUCCAGAACGAAGCCCACCGAGAUGUCCUGAAAAUCAUUGGACCUUUCAUCACAUCUGCCUGCUUUGGCAAUGUGGUAUUUGAAGUGACGGCACUAGAUGAAAAGACCAGCGUGGGAAAGAUUUCUAAGCAGUGGGGAGGUGUUCUCCAGGAGUUUUUCACCGACGUGGAUUUCCUUGGAAUUUCGUUCCCAAUAGACCUUGAUGUUAAAAUGAAAGCAGUGUUGCUUGGGGCUGGUUUCAUCCUUGACUUCAUUUUCUUUGAAAAUGCUGGACGGUGUACUGUUUGGUGUUAGAAGCGUCCCUGUAUUAUAAAACCUUUAGAGAAAGACCUUGUGUUUACC